AUGGUUUUCGCUUUAACCCGUCGUCUUGCCGUCUCCGGUGCUGCUAAGAGAGUCGUUGCCGCUCCAUCUUUUGCCGUUAGAUCCUACAGUGAAGGACAUGUUGCCCCAGGUUCCAAGGCCUUCAGCGAAAAGGAAAAGGCCCAAGAAGACAUGUACAUCAAGGAACAUGAAAGAGAACAAUUGAAGAAAUUGAAAGACAGCUUGGCCAAGAUCAAGGAACAAACCGCCACUUUGGAAAGUGAAAUCAGCAAAAUUGAAAAGAACUAA